ACUCCGAAUCAAAUCCCAGGAAGCUUUCCAAAAGCCAGCGCCGGGCGGCGGCUCUGCGGGCCCCGCCGCCGUCCAACUCGAAGCCGCAUUUCGGCCUCCGAAAUUCCUCGGCUGGCCGAAAUGUCGGUCCCAUUACAUCACCACCUCCGCUUUCCAACUCUUCCGUUGCCAUUCACAUUCCUUUUCCUCUCCCUCCUUUCCCUUCUCCAUCUCGCCAUCGGCUCAUCCGGAAGAAACACUCUCUCCAAAAAGGCAUUGCGCUCUUCAAUUCUGCAUCGGCGAUGCUAAAUUGAUCGAUGGGAACUCCGGUGAACAUUGUGGUCGGUUCGCACGUGUGGGUGGAGAACGCAGAGAUCGCGUGGAUCGAUGGAGAGGUUACAGAGAUCAAAGGCAGCGAUGCCACCAUCGUUAUGACGGAUGGAAAAACAAUUGUCACUAGUCUUUCAAAUAUCUACCCAAAAGAUACAGAAGCGCCUCCUGCUGGGGUUGAUGACAUGACCAAAUUGGCUUACCUCCAUGAACCAGGAGUGCUGCAUAAUCUUGGUUGCCGGUUUGCUCUGAAUGAGAUAUAUACAUACACUGGGAAUAUAUUAAUAGCGGUGAACCCAUUUCGAAGGCUUCCUCAUCUUUAUGAUGUUCAUAUGAUGGAACAAUACAAAGGUGCCACUUUUGGUGAGUUGAGUCCACAUCUUUUUGCAGUUGCAGACGCUUGUUAUAGGGCAAUGAUAGAUGAACAUGGAAGCCAGUCCAUUCUUGUCAGUGGAGAAAGUGGAGCAGGGAAGACUGAGACAACAAAGAUGCUGAUGAGAUAUCUGGCAUUCAUGGGAGGGAGGUCAGGGACAGAAGGAAGAACUGUGGAACAGCAAGUCUUAGAGUCUAAUCCUGUUUUGGAAGCAUUUGGCAAUUCCAAGACAGUUAAGAAUAAUAAUUCUAGUCGUUUUGGUAAGUUUGUCGAGAUACAAUUCGACAAAUACGGGAAAAUCUCAGGAGCAGCGGUUCGUACGUACCUUCUUGAACGUUCGAGGGUUUGUCAGGUUUCAGAUCCUGAAAGGAACUACCACUGCUUUUACAUGCUCUGUGCUGCUCCACCAGAGGAUGUAAAGAAGUUCAAAGUGGGAGAUCCCAGAACAUUUCAUUAUCUAAACCAAACGAACUGUUAUGAAGUAGCUAAUGUGGAUGAUGCAAGGGAAUAUCUUCUAACUAGGCAUGCUAUGGAUGUGGUGGGAAUAAACCAGGAAGAGCAGGAUGCAAUUUUCCGUGUGGUAGCUGCAAUCCUUCACCUUGGGAACAUUGAGUUUGAGAAAGGAAAGGAGAUUGAUUCUUCACGACUAAAGGAUGAAAAGUCUAAAUACCAUCUAAAAACAACUUCUGAACUUCUUUUAUGCAAUGAGAAAGCACUCGAGGAAUCUCUCUGCAAGCGCGUGAUAGUUACUCCAGAUGGUAACAUAACAAAGCCUCUUGAUCCGGACUCUGCAGCCCUGAGCCGUGAUGCUUUGGCAAAGACAAUGUACUCCAGAUUAUUUGACUGGAUAGUAGACAAAAUCAACAUUUCAAUUGGUCAGGAUCCUAAUGCGAAAAGCCUAAUUGGUGUUCUUGAUAUAUACGGUUUUGAGAGCUUCAAGAUUAACAGCUUUGAGCAACUAUGCAUUAACCUGACAAAUGAGAAGUUGCAGCAGCAUUUCAAUCAGCAUGUAUUCAAGAUGGAGCAAGAAGAAUACACAAGGGAAGAGAUCAACUGGAGCUAUGUGGAGUUUGUUGAUAACCAAGAUGUGUUAGAUCUAAUAGAAAAGAAACCAGGAGGAAUAAUUGCACUGCUUGAUGAAGCAUGUAUGUUUCCCAAGUCGACCCAUGAGACAUUUGCUCAGAAGUUGUAUCAGACCUACAAAGCACACAAGCGUUUCAGCAAGCCUAAACUUGCUCGAACUGCGUUCACAAUCAAUCACUAUGCUGGGGAUGUUACUUACCAAGCAGAUUUGUUCCUUGAUAAGAACAAAGACUACGUGGUGGCUGAACAUCAGGCUCUGUUGAAUGACUCAGCGUGUCCAUUUGUUGCCAACCUUAUUCCUCCAUUGCCAGAAGAAAGUUCAAAACAAUCCAAGUUCUCCUCCAUUGGUACUCGCUUUAAGCAACAAUUGCAAUCACUGAUGGAGACUCUUAGCACCACAGAGCCGCAUUACAUCAGAUGCGUGAAGCCCAACGCUGUUUUGAAGCCUGGCAUAUUUGAAAAUUUCAAUGUCCUGAAUCAGCUUAGAUGUGGGGGUGUCUUGGAGGCAAUAAGAAUCAGCUGUGCUGGUUACCCCACCAAGAGGGCAUUUGACGAGUUCAUCGAUCGUUUUGGGAUGCUUGCACCUGAUCUCGUUGACAGCGGCUCUGAUGAGAAGCAGGCAUGUGCAGCUAUUUGUGAUAGGAUGGGCUUGAAAGGCUAUCAGAUAGGGAAGAACAAGGUAUUCCUAAGAGCAGGCCAGAUGGCUGAGCUGGAUGCCCGGAGACUAGAAGUAUUGGCAAAUGCUGCAAGACUUCUACAGAGGCAGAUUAGAACCCACCUCAUCAGAAAGCAAUUCCUCAUUCUAAGGAAUGCCACAGUCAAGAUACAAAAAUUAUGGCGAGGAUGGUUAGCAAGAAAGCUGUAUGAACAUAUGAGGAGAGAGGAUGCCUCGAUUCGUAUACAGAAGUACUCACGAGGUCAUGCAGCAAAAAUGGCCUAUGCUAAUUUGAGGUCGUCGGCAAUUGUCAUACAAACAGGCAUGCGAGCAAUGGCGGCACGAAACGAAUACAGGCAUAGGAGAAGAAUGAAUGCUGCUAUUAUCAUUCAGACACAAUGGCGAUUACAUAAAGCUCGCAAAGCUUAUUUAGAAGUGAAGAAAGGUAGUCUUAUACUACAAUGUCUAUGGAGGGGACGCGUUGGUAGGAAGGAACUACGGAAACUCCGGAUGGCUGCAAGAGAGACUGGAGCAUUAAAAGAAGCCAAGGAUAAGCUUGAGAAGAAAGUAGAAGAGCUCACAUGGAGAUUAGAUUUUGAGAAGCAUUUGAGGGUUGAUCUAGAAGAAGCCAAAGCGCAGGAGAUUGCAAGGCUGCAAUCUUCUCUACAAGAAAUGCAAGAAAAACUUGAUGAAGCCAAUACUGCAAUCAUUAAGGAAAAAGAAGCAGCAAGAAUAGCAAUUGAAAAUGCACCACCGGUGAUUAAAGAGGUCCCAGUGGUAGACAAUACAAAAUUAGAGCUCCUGAAAAAUAAGAACAUGGAACUGGAGGAUGAACUAAGUGAAUUCAAAAUCAAGGCAGAGAAAUUUGAAAAAAGAUUUUGCGAGGCACAGAAGCAGGCUGAAGCAUUGACCAAAGAAACUGAAGAGUCCCAAGCAAAAAUAUCUCAGCUUCAAGAGAUGAUAGAGAGCCUUGAAACAAAUCUAUCCAAUCUUGAAUCUGAGAACCAUGUUCUGAGGCAACAGGCCUUGGCUGCUUCAGAAAACGAGGAACUGACAGAGGAAAUUAAAAGUCUUGAGAGCAAAAUAGCAGAACUGGAGUCAGAAAACAGGCUACUCCAAAGUCAGCCUGCGCAAGUUGGCCAGGAAACAUUGGCAGUUGAAACAGUACAAUCAGAAGUUGUCCAGUUUCAGACUCCUGAGAAUGGGCAUCUGGAAUCAGGAGAAGAACCUAAGAUAGAAAAUCUUUGUUUACAGGUGCCAGUGGUGGUCCCUCUUACUAUUUCCUUAAGUAAACAGAAGUCACUAACCGAUAGGCAACAGGAAAACCAUGACGCACUAAUUAAGUGUCUCAUGGAAGACAAGAGGUUUGACAAGAAAAGAUCAGCAGCAGCAUACAUUGUUUACAAAUCAUUGAUCCAGUGGCAUUCGUUUGAAGCAGAGAAAACAAAUAUAUUUGACCGUAUUAUCCACACAAUAAGGUCAAACAUUGAGAAUCAGGAAAACAUUGGGGAACUUGCUUACUGGCUUUCAACAACCUCCACCCUUCUAUUUCUUCUACAAAAUACCCUCAAAUUAAGCAAUGUGUCAAAGUCAGGUGCAAAUCAUAGACAAAGCAGUUCAGCUAGUCUGUUUGGCAGAAUGGCAAGAAUCACCCGUUCAUCUUCCCCAGAAUUAGAGAUUUCCAGUGGCUAUAGUGGAAUGGCCAGCAAAUCUGACUGCCAGUCCAGAGUAGAUGCAAAAUACCCAGCCCUCUUGUUCAAGCAACAGCUCACUGCCUACGUAGAGAAAAUAUAUGGGAAGAUCCGAGACAGAUUAAAGAAAGAGAUUAGUCCAUUUUUAACAAUGUGCAUUCAGGCACCAAGGUCUGCAAGAACUAGAUCCACCCGAGUAUCCUCAAAGAGCAUUCAUUCAAAUGUAGCAGCCAAACAAGCAUCAAAUAUACAUUGGCAAAACAUUGUUAAGAGCUUGGAUCACUUUCAAAUCAUAUUGCAUGAAAAUUAUGUGCAUACCAUGAUAAUACAAAAAAUUUACAGACAAGUAUUUGCAUUUAUUAAUGUGCAGCUUUUUAAUAGUUUGCUUCUUCGUCGAGAAUGCUGCUCAUCUAGUAAUGGUGAAUUCUUGAAGGCUGGUCUAAAUGAAUUGGAGGAAUGGUGUUCUAAAGCAAUACAAGAGUCUGCAGGAACUUCCUGGGAUGAGCUCCAACACAUAAAACAAGCAGUAGGGUUUUUGGUUUUGCAUCAGAAGGCCCACAAAUCCUGGGAGGAAAUCACAAAUGAACUAUGCCCAGCAUUAAGCCUUCCUCAAAUCUAUCGCAUUGGUACAAUGUUUUGGGAUGACAAAUACGGAACACAAGGUUUAUCUCAAGAUGUAAUUGGGAAGAUGAGAGCCAUGAUGACUGAUGAUUCUACCAACAUUCCUAACAGCUCUUUCUUAUUGGAUGAUGAUUCAAGCAUACCAUUUUCUCUGGACGACAUAGCACGCUCAGGAAUCGACAUCAACCUCGCCGAUGUAGAGCCACCGUCUCUACUACGGCAAAACUCCGAGUUCCAUUUUCUACUGCAACAGCUUACGAAUUGAGUGACUCCAUUUUUUUUUUUUUUUUGAAUUCUUUUUUGAUAAUAUGAAAGGAGGCCAAAAAGUGGGAAAAUGUAAUUUAUUUUCUUUUUCCUCUUUGGUGUGGCUAAGUAUUUUUGAGUGUGCAAAGUGUUUUUUUAUUUUUUCUUGAUUUUUCGGCUUUUAUUUUGAUUUGCCAAAAUAAAGGUUUUUUUUUUUUUAGUUUUGUUGUGCAGUUUGUAUUUGAGAUUGGGAAUUGUGAAUUGUAUUGUAAAAGGGAUAAUAAAAAGUAUUUUAUCUUGCUAUUGAGAUCAUAAAAGAACUGUUCUUGAUUUUCAUUUUGUUGUGAGAUUCAUGGAUGGAACCUAUGAUAGAUAUCUACACAUUAAACCUAUAAAAAAUCAAAAAAUUCUUAGGGGCUGUUUGGUAGCAGGAUUUAGGCCGGAUUUGAGGCGGAUUUGAGCGAAAUCCAGCCAAACGGCCUAAAAUGCAAAACCAAAUCUCACGGCAAGUGAAAUCCGGGAUAGACGGAAAAUUCCGCCGAUUCGAGCGAAAUCCGGGAUUUCGGAAAUCCUUUAUUUUGCCGGAUUUACGAAAUCUAGGCACUAGAGUAAGAGUCCCGGGUAAAUCCUGCUCUAUAGCCAAACAGUCACACAGAAUUUAAUUGGAUUUAUCAUGAAUGUUACCAAACAGUUUUCAGUAUUUAACCCCUCAGGAUUCCGUAAAUCCAGAAUUCGGAGGAUUUACGAAAUCCUACUUAAAUGAAAUCCUACAUUCUACCAAACAGCCCCUUAGAGUACCUAAAAGAUAUUAUAAUGAUUAAAAAAAAUGAUAUUACCAUAAUCAUAUAAAUCUCAAUUUUCAAAAGGUGUAAUCGAGUUGAGUUUUGUGGUGCAAAUAUAGCAGAAACAAAUUCAGAAUCAAAUCACAAUCAACCUAAAGAACACUGCUAUUUAUGUGAUUCGAUACAUUCAUGAGUGUUGACCUACACUGUAUGCAAACGAAGAAACGAAAAAAAAAAAAAAAAAA